AUGGCUCGUACUAAGCAAACUGCUCGUAAGUCAACAGGAGGCAAGGCUCCUCGCAAGCAGCUCGCCACCAAGGCCGCCAGGAAGUCAGCUCCCGCUACCGGCGGCGUGAAGAAGCCUCACCGCUACCGUCCCGGAACCGUGGCGCUUCGUGAGAUCCGCAAGUACCAGAAGUCGACGGAGCUUUUGAUUCGCAAGCUCCCCUUCCAGCGGCUAGUGCGUGAAAUUGCUCAGGACUUCAAGACAGACCUGAGGUUUCAGAGUUCCGCUGUGAUGGCUCUGCAGGAGGCUGCAGAGGCUUACUUGGUCGAAGAGCGGACGUAUAUCAAGGAGGAGAGUCGGCGAGCGUUUGAGAGCAACAGAGACGUCCAGGAUAAGGAGCGCAUCCGGGAACUGUUGGAGGAGGGCGAGGCUCGUCGGCAGAUGGCGGUGCAUUAUGGCAUCCCGUAUCCACGCUUGCACAACAUGCCAACUGGCGCUGUCAGCUCCAAGAAGGCGCAGUUUGUGGUCCCCACAUCCAUGUCAGCAGUGUACCAGGGUGAGAAGGACACGGACUACACCCCCCAAGCCUCCGCGUCUCACUGA